GAUGGAUCUAUGGAAAAAAAAAGAACCAGAUUAGCAUUUGAAAAAGUAGAAGCAUUAGCAAAAAUUCAUCAAUAUUAUACAACACAUACCAAAAAAGAAAUUUCUUAUAUUAAUCGUGAGCUUACUUUAGAGGAUGUGUUAGUUGUAGCAAAUGAAACUGGGGACUUUGACUUAAGUCAUGAAGUUUUUAAAGAAAAUGGUCAAAGUGAUAAUACUGAAUCAAAUUUUGAAAAUGUAGUUGAAGAACAGCCAAAUUAUGAUUAUGAUGUAGAUAGCUUG